AUGAACGUGGACCACCCCGAACCUUCUUCAUCCUCCCCCACAUCCAACAAACUCAAGCGGAAGUCUAUGGGCGCGCCCCAAACCGAUCACGAGGGCGAAGGAGAUGCUCGUCCGCCUCAUUCUAAGAAGCUCAAGACCGACGCUCGCUCGAAGACGAACGGUGCGGCGGACCCCGCGGGGAAGAGCGGGAAGGGUGGAAAGACUGAGAAGAAGUCUGACGGACAAGAGAACACUGUCAGAUGCCACCAAUGCACGCGGCAGUCCGAACCGGCUGCUGUUAUUGAGUGCACGUACCUGCGGCCUACUGGUCAGCGCUGUGUACUUAAGUACUGCAAAGCAUGCAUGCACAACCGGUACGAGAAGGACAUCGGUACCCUGAAGGCGAGUGGGGCUGCGAAUGCAACAACGGAAGGACGGUCUGGCCACGCGGGAGGACUGGACUACAUCUAUCGAUGCCCUCGUUGCAGCGACAGUUGCAACUGCAGGUUCUGCAGAAAAGCGAAGGGCCUUCCAGCAAUCGGCAAGGCGGCAAAGGCUUCUACUGCUCCUGGGAACGCUCCGGAGAAUGGCGUGGAUCCCGUCGCAGCAUCUUCUGCCAAAGCAUCUGCAGGACCUCCCAAGAAGAAGGUCCGCGCUACCACGAAAACAACUGAAGCUGCGCGCCCCAAGCCUCAUGCGUCUAAACCGAAGCCUCACGUCCUGAUUCCGCCGUCCCCUCACAUUAAGAAGGCCAAGACGGGCGAACAGACAGGCGCAGUUGAGCCACCAAAGCGUCGAGCGGGACGCCCGAAGCGCGAGCCUGUCCCGAAGGCUAUUUCGAAACCGGUGUGGACGCACUUGCCUACGCCUCUGACCCACGACGGCGCGCUGCAGCGCCUCAACAUUCGCGAGUUCCUCCUGCGUUUCGGCCACCUUGCUGACAUUGCUCGGGGACAUCUCGAGGAACUCGAAGAACUGGGCAGCAAUGUAUAUGGCUCGUCUGACGCGGAUGACGAUGACGCCACAUCGCUUGUGGGAUGGAUAUCCGAGCCUGCUCUCAAGGCUAUCCUCGUUGGCUUAUUGGCACUCCUUUCGAAGGAUCCUGAUUCGACGGACGCGUCCGCAUAUACGAAGGCUAUUCAAACCAUUAAGUCCAGCGGUGCAAGUCUGAACAAGAUGUGGGCUGCUCUGGCCUCUCUACGGGAGAAGACCUCGCUCGCUCUUCCCGACCCCCUCCCGCCCGCCGCUAGCACCCAGCGGCACAGCACCCGCAGUGGCCUCCAAGCGCAAGACCCUUCCAGUUCUUGUGUCGUCGUGCUAUCCACCAGCCAGCUCGUGCCCGUCGUGGACGAGCUCCUCGAGCACGCGCUACAGACUAAAGCGGUCCGAGACGACUUCGAGCGCGCUGUGACCCAGGAGAAGGACCUCGUUCGCGCGGCACGCGAGCUCACCGCUGAGGAGAACGCACGCUGGAAGAUCGUCCUGGAUGCCAAGGACAUCAGCGUGGCAGACCGGAAGAUCGCCCGCACCGCGCACAAAGCUGCCCUGACAGAUAUCGAGCACGCACAGAGGGUGGCUGCCACGGAGUGUGUCCCUCGCUUUGGUCCCCUCGGAAGGGACGCGGAAGGGCGCGUAUACUACACUCUCACCCCAGGUGUAGUCGAGCGCGAGGCCGCGGUCAACCUUCUUGAGGGUGAGAAGGGCGACGUUCGGUUUGGCAGACGGCGCGGAGUCGCGGACGAGGCGCAGAGGAAGCGCAUGCGACACUGGUCAUGGCUGCUCGCCGUGUAUGGCCGCAAGCCAGAAGGCGCGGCGGUUGCCAAGCGCGUCCGUGAUGAGGACGACGAGGGAGGAGAUGACAACGCAACGGACGGGGACGAGGACGCGGAGGGGUGGUGGGCGUUCUGGGAGCCGGAGGAAGUUGCGAAGCUCUCGGAAUGGCUCGCGAUGAAGCACGGCAUUGACCUGGAGGCCAAGCGGGCGUCGAAGGAGCCUGAGGACGCCGUCGCCGCCGUGCCUCCCGCGGCCACCGAGGGCGAAGGCGCAGGAGCCAGCGCGCCGGACGCGGUCGAAGCGAAGCGUCGCGCUCGGGCCUCGGCCGCGAGCUCCGUCGAAGACGCGAGCUUCGCUGGGCCCUCGCGUAGGGGCGUGCGUACCUUCGCGUCGCUGAACAACGACUCCGAGGACGAAGACGGGGGCGUGGGUGUGGGAGGCGGGGCCAAUAGCACCGACGACGAGGACGCCGACAUCCAGAUGCAUGAUGCCAUGUAUGGGGUGCCCGCGCCGACGAAGCGGGACCUACGGGUAUUGGCUAAAGGCCUCAAGGAGUACGCCGAUCUGCUCGACUGGCGGAUUAGGCGUGCCUCGAAGGAGUCGAAGGAGGUCAAGGACGGAGCGGAGAAAGCCGACAAGGCGGACAAGGGGAAGGCCGUACAGAGGACCGACGCAAUUCCGACGCAGUCAUUUUACGGCAAGUAG